UAGAUUCUGAUUCUUUGGAUAAUUUUUUACUGUAACUUUCAGUAACACAUGUACCCAGUGAUCAACUACUUUAGGGAAGGGCAAAGGGAAGGCAUAGACUUAUGAAUGAAUAGGACAGCUCAAAGAGUAUACUCACCGGCAAAUCCAGAGAAAAAAGUGAUGUCAAUUUAAGUAAAAUGUUUUACUGGGUUUUGAUCUACAUGAAAGAUAGUACACUUAUCAACACAACUAGAAUGUAUUUAAAUGUAAUAUUUGAUUUUAUUUUAGACUUAAAAAAUGUCAACCGAUCUCAAUGACAUCAAGCUAUAUCAGCUACCGAUCAGUAUACUUAUCAUUCCCUCUUUAAUAACUCUUGGUGCAGAAAAGCUUUCAUUUGUUACAAAUGAAAGAAAAAAAACAAGAACAAACCUUAAUCAAAACUAUGCAAAAAACCAAAAAAAUCUUCCUAAAAACCCUGCAAAACCUGAAAACUUUCCUCUUUAGAACCUAUGAAACUAUACCCAAAACACUAUCCUUAAACCCAUUAUGUUGCACCAACAUCACCCAAAGAAAUCAUCAUCUUGAUCACAUUUACCCUGAAUCCUCAAAAUCCCACCAAUCCCCACUUUCUGAUCAUAUUCAUAUUCAAGACAAUGCUAAGCCAAUCACCAAAAUACAUACCGUUCAAUCUGUGAAAAAUGCGGUACUGCCAAGAAAAAACCAGCAAUCAGACAGUGACACGGGUGUGUACUUGCUCGAGCAACAAAUGAAAGACUUAGAGAUGAUGGAUGUAGGCGAUGUCGAUCAUGUAUUGGAUGUUAAAGAAGCUCUUCAUUGUUACUCGCUUCUUACGAGUCCUGUUUAUGUCGAAAUGGUGAAUAAGUUCUUCAUGGACAUGUACACUGAUUUCAAUAGUGUGCCACAACCUGCUAUCAGCAAAUGCUCGUCUAGCAGACGACUUCAUCCUUUGUCACGACAACCUUCUGCUAGAAUUAGCUCUUCUAGAAGACUUGGACACUUGACACCACAACCUUCUAUCAGGGUAAGCUCUUCGAGUAGGAGGCUCGGGUCCUUUACACUUUGUUUGGAAUGAAUGAUGUUACUCCAUAGUCUAUAUAUUGUGUUGUCAUCUUAAGGUACUAUUAUAUUGUUCCCUUGAGUUAUCGUUGUGUGUUCGUUUGUUCAAAGUGUGUUGUUCAGUGUUACAUGAUUCGUUGAUCGUUCUGUGAAUUUAAAAGGCAAACUAACUAGCGAAUUAUGUUUCACUAGUCUUGUUGUAUAAUACUACUAUGAUAUGUAAGGUGAAAGAAAAAUGUAAUAAGAAUGAGUGGUGUUAUGCCUUUUCUUAUCUUUGGCAAUUUAACUUCUUUAUUGGAGAGGUCAUCAAAGCUUAUGGGUA